CGGUCUGCAUAUAUUUGUCCUAAAUUUCCUCGUUCGUUUCAAUUUGACCAACUUCAGAUGAUAACCUUCGCUUGCGCUCGCUUCUUCCCUCGCAAAAAAAAGCAAGCGCUGGAAAUAGCCCGAUAGAAUGAACACGCGAGGAAAUAAGCACGUCUGCGCGAAGCCCGGCGGUGAUGGAAAUAAUCGGCGGUGCAUUCAAAUACACGGCCGGGAUUGACAUGCUACAAGCGGGAAACCCCGCGAGGCUAAAUCGGAGCGACACGUGUUUUAUUGCGCUUGUUGUGUCCUUAUGCUACACUGGCACAAAAUACAGGUGUUCAAGCCGGUGCGGUAGGGAACGCAGCCGUCUGUGUCGCGCGUACACCUACUCUCCUUUGCCGGGCACAAUUCCCAGGUGCGAGGCCGGCGCCCGCGAAGCGCAAGAACGCGUAAACCCAACCAGAGACCGCGGCUGGCUCGCUCGGUCGCGCGCAGCUGCGACGGGUGCGAGGACGUGAAGUUCAUUCGGCGCGGGCGAAUAGAGCCACGACGACAACCGGCACGAGGGACACAUCUGCGACCGCGAGAACACGGCGAUUCCGGAGCCGCUCGGCAAUGUUUCCAUGCGCUACACGUCAAGUGCUGAAGAAUUUCUGCGCUUUCUUCACAUGUGCCUUUGACAGUGGGCCACUCACUGUCGCGACGGUGUUGCUUUACCAGGCAGCGAGGAAUGUGUGAUAAGAACUGCGUCGGUUUUGAAUUUGUGCCGACACGCUGGGGGAGAUAUUGCGUCGGCCUAUGAUCGGUUUAUCCAGGGGAAAAUGGCUCUCACAUGCAGAAAGAAAGCAUCCUCUUGUGAUAAGCCACGGAACCCAACGCGGACUGAGUACCGUGCGCUCAGCAGCCGGGAAGAUGUCAGGGAAAGAGCAGAGGACACUAGCUGCAGUCUGCUUCCUGGAGACGUUCCGGACCGGCAGCGAGGACUAUCGCUCAAGAGAGAUGUGGGCUUGUUCAACAGUAUCACCCUCCUGCUUGGUGCAAUCAUAGGCACUGGUAUUUUCAUAACACCUGGAAACGUACUCAGAAACUCAAAAUCUAUAAGUGUCGAUCUUUUCCUGUGGACUCUCGGUGGACUCAACGCAUUCAUAGGUGGCCUUUGCGCGGCCGAAAUGGGUGCACUACUACCGGCAUCUGGUGGCGACUACGCUUACUUCCUUGCUGCCGGAAAGCCAUUCGGAAAGUACGGUGACGUGCCGGCAUUCAUGCUUGCCUGGCUGUGCUUCUUCGUGGAUCCUGCUGGCACGACCAUACAGGGUCUGACCUUCUCGACGUACCUGCUCAGUCUGCCGUACCCAAACUGCGAGCCGCCUUACGAAGUUAAAGUUUUGGUCGCCUGCCUCUUCAUCACUUUUGCGACGGCAGUGAACUGCUUCUCACUUAGGAUGUCAACAAGUGUUCAAGACGUCUUCUCUGGAAUCAAGUGCUUGUUCCUCUACGCUGUGAUUGUCACUGGCGCUAUAUACUCAUUUUAUGGUAAUCAUAUUUGGGAUUCACGGCCACCAGACAAUCUCCCCUCGACUGGAGAUCUAACGUCGGCUCUGUUUUCGGCUCUUUACUGCUAUGGUGGAUGGUUCGCCAUCAACUGCAUCGCCGAAGAAAUCAAGAACCCCGGCCGGAACAUACCCAUCGCCAUAGCAGCCAGCGUCGCCAUCACGAUGAUCACGUACCUCCUCACCAACAUCGCCUUCUUCGUCGUUCUCGACGCUGACACCAUAGCCAGCACGGACGCCGUGGCCGUCGCGUUCGUGAGCGCCGCGUGGGGCCAGGGCAUGGCCAACGUCGUGCCCCUGGUCAUCGCGCUCACCGUGUUCGGUACGACCUGCGCCGGCGUGCUCGCUUCUUCGAGAGUGUUCUUCGCCGCGAGUCGCCAGGGUCACCUGGCUCGCGCCAUGUCCUACGUCCACGUCGACAGCUCCGUGCCGCUGGUGGCCAUGGUGGUCCGCUGCUUGUUAUCCGUGACCUUUACGCUCGUCGGCUCGGUCCACUUCCUGAUCGAAGUGAGCGUGCUGAUGGGCAGCGUCAUAGAGGCGGCGAGCGUCGUGAGCUUGUUCCUCCUGCGCCGCUCGAUGGCCGACGCGCCGAGACCUUACCGGGUGCCCACUGUCGUCGCCGUGCUGAGACUUGUGGUUUGUUUUUCUCUGGCCGCCGUGACCCUCAUGCAAGCUCGGCGGUACGCGUAUCAAUACGCAUUGGUGGCGAUCGCGCUCGCGACGGGGGCCGUCUACUACUACUUUUUCGUGAACAAGAAGGUGCGACUUCGCGGAUGCGAAAGAAUCGCGGUGCUUGUGCAGAAGUGCUUCAAGUCGGCGCCUUGUUCGAGCGAACUCGUGAACCAAGAAGUACCUGUUGCGGAAUGGAAUUAGUGCGGUCGAGCGUAACCAAUGUGAGCUAUAGUUCGGAACGUGUGUUCUGCAAUGACGCUGUGCAUAUUUGACGCUGUUAUAUUGGAAAUUGAUCUCAACAUGAUGUCUUUCAAGCUCGGUGAACGAGCACUGCUGAAGUCUUGAGACAUUCUGUCAACCAAGGCAAAUGAUGGCAACGCCGCCUGUUGUGCUGCACCCCCUAGCACAGGAGAGUGUGCUGUGGGCCAGCAAUUGCAUUUUUCUUUAAUGCGAAUGCAUUAUAUGCCCCAUUACGCCAAAACCCGGCGUUGUAGUCGGCAGCGUGACCGAAUCAUGGUACCGAAAAUGGCCGACGGCAAAGAGGUAAUUUUGGUAAGAUAUAAUAAGGUAACAUAUAAUUUGCAAAAUAAAAUUGUUAUUUUGUGCACUUGCCCUGUAGCACCAGAAAAAUGAACUCACCGAAGUUUAAAAGAAAAGUUGUCCUAUAUUGCUCAAUUUUGUUAAUUUUCCUGCAGUUUUGCUAACAUCUGUUGUUUUGACGCCACUGUCAGCUAGUAAACAAAGUGUUCAAAAUCCUGGGUGAGACGUCAAAAGCGUCCUUUGUUGUACAGCUUGAAAUUAUGAGUAAAAAUGUUGACAUCAUCA